UGCAGCGGCCAUUCCCGCGCCUACACAGCGCAUGCGCGGUUUGCGUCGAGUGGCGCGAAAACUUCUGUCGUCUUCAAAACUUUUUUCUUUAAUAAAAACUUUUUCUUUUUCCGAACUUUAUAAACUUUUUUUUAAAUUAGAAAAAAUAGUUUUAAAUUAAAAGUUUGUCGGUGUGUUUUAGUGAUUGUGUUAAAGUAAUUUUAUGAAGAUGAAGUAUAAGGUGCGGGACUCGGACGCGGAGAGCCACCACUCCACCGUCAUGGACAAGAGCCGCGCCAAGCUCGAGGAGAAACUCACCCGCACUCUCCGCUGCUCCUCGGUGGUGAUCAUCGCGCUAGGAGUCUCCCUGGCGGCGCUGGCGCUGUACACCGUGGUGCUGGUGGCCACCGACUCCGCCCCGCGGCCCUGCGUCAGCGAGGACUGCGUGGCCACUGCGUCAAGAAUCCUCUCCUCUCUCAACCGAGACAUGGACCCUUGCCAAGACUUCUACGAGUUUGCGUGCGGGGGCUGGGUGAAGCGCAACCCGGUGCCCGACUGGGCCACGUCGUGGGACCAGCUGGCGCGGCUCAGGGAGGCGCUGGUGUCUGACCUCAGGGAGCUCCUGGAGCAGCCUGAUGAGGAGGGGCUUCCGAAGAGCGUGAUGAAGGCGAAAGCGCUGUAUAGGACUUGCAUUGAUACUGACAAGCUAGAAGCAGAAGGCAUCAAGCCGAUUCAGCGGUUGCUGACCAGCCUGGGGCUCCCCCCGCGGCCGGCGAACGAGUCUAUAGGCGCGGCGUGGGAGGCCGUCAGCGGCGCGGCGCGGCGGCGGCUGGGGUUGAGCGUGCUGCUGAGUGUGCAGGUGGCUGAGGAUGUGAGGAACACUAGCCGGAACCGGGUCGUUGUGGAGCAAGUCCCGCCCGGCUUCAGCGAGAGGUACCUCCUGCAGCCGAAGCAGUUCGCACACGAAUUAGAGCAGUAUCACAAGUACAUAAGGUCCAUGAUCGAGAUCGCCGACCCCGAGGCGAAUGCUACAGACUUCGCUGAUAGUAUCAUUGAGUUCAGCAAGAGCCUUGCUAAGAUAAUGACCCCGGUGGAGGUGCGCCGCAGCGGCACGCACCUGUUCCACGAGGUGAGCGUCGCGCAGCUCAUCGAGGGCUCCAGCGGGGGACCCGCCGAGUGGAAGGACCACGACUGGUCCGGCUACCUACAACAAGUGUUCAAGGAUACCAACGUGACGCUCGCGCCCGACACGGACCGUGUCAUCGUGAUGGACCUGCCAUACUUGCAGAAACUGGCUGUGCUGCUGAACAACACUGAUGAGUUGAAGAUCGAGCGUUUCCUCUGGUGGAGCGUGUUCUCCACAGUGGCGCCCAUGACCCUGUCCUCAUUCCGCGACCUCGGGUUCGAGUUCUCGCGCGCGGUGUUCGGCCUGCAACAGCGCACGCCCCGCUGGAAGAGUUGCACUGCCAAUGUGAAUGCCAACUUUGGCGUCGCGUUGAGCUACUUGUAUGUGAGGAGGCACUUCAAUCAGACCUCUCGGGAGAAGGCCAUAGAGAUGAUAGAGGACGUCCGAGAGGCGUUCGCGACGGCGGUGCGGCAGCUGGACUGGAUGGACGAGGGCACGCGGCUCAAGACGCUCAACAAGCUCAAAGCGAUCCGCAACUUCGUGGGGUUCCCCUCGUGGCUGCUCACGCCUGAGGAACUGGACAAGCAUUAUAAACAUGCGGACGUGAUAGAAGGCAGUUUGUUCGACACAUACCUGAAGCUGUCGUACGCGGCUGUCAAGAAGAGCUUGGAGUCGCUCAGAGAAAAACCUGACCGGAAUAGAUGGGUGGCUACAGCGACGACUGUUAAUGCUUUUUACUCAGCGACCCUCAAUUCAGUCACGUUCCCAGCAGGAAUCCUGAAACCUCCAUUCUAUGGAAACGGAAUUGAAGCUAUAAACUACGGAUCUAUUGGUGCCAUAAUGGGUCAUGAAGUAACUCACGGAUUUGACGACCAAGGCCGCCGCUACGACGAGGAGGGCAACCUGAAGCAGUGGUGGUCGGCGGCGACCCUCGAGCACUACCACGGCAAGGUGCAGUGCAUCAUCGACCAGUACAACCAGUACCACAUGGCGCAGCUGCCCAACUAUACUGUCCACGGCUUCAACACGCAAGGAGAGAACAUCGCCGACAACGGCGGCCUCCGCGCGGCGCUGCGGGCUUACAACCUGUUCACCAAGAGACAUGGAGACGCGGGCAGAGUCACCCUGCCAGGGUUGCCGCAGUAUGAGCCCAAACAACUGUUCUAUUUGGGAUUCGCUCAGAUAUGGUGCGGCAACACAACAGUAGGCGCCUUAAAAUCCAAGCUAGUCGAAGGCGUCCACAGCCCCAACAAAGUCCGAGUCAUAGGCACUCUGAGCAACUCUAAGGACUUCGCCGAUGCGUGGAAGUGUCCCUCAGGGUCGCCCAUGAACCCCGAACAUAAGUGCAUACUGUGGUGAUACUAGCGAUAGAUACGGCUAGUUGAAGCGAGACUGAGAUUAUAAAUACGAAAUUAUUGGGCUGAUUUUGAAACUGCAGAAGGUCUGGGCAGGGGGUUAGAGUUUGUCUCUUCAGGGUGCUAAUUUAUCAGUGAUUGAACAGAUAUUAUUGUAUAGUUAUGUAGUUAUUACUAUGUAUUUGAGGUAAACUAAAGCAAUUAAUUAGCUCAGACUGUAAUGUAAUCGCGUUGUGGCCUAACUUUCAAAAUCAUCUAUAGCUCUAAAAAGGUAAAUAUAAUUUUGUAGGUAAUUAGUUAUUAAGUUUAGAAAGUGUACUUAAAUUAUGAUUUGUGACGUCAUCUUCAGUCCCCGCGUAGGUUUAAGUGAACCAAAGACAAUUUUACACCAGUUACCAACGUGACCAGUACGUAUAUUAGAAUAAGAUAUUUAAGAAAUAUGUACAAGUGUAUUUUUGUAUAUUUUUUUAUAUAAAAAGUGGUGCCGUGUUACCAUGAACAAGUUAGGUUAAGUUAAGAUAACAUGCUUACAAAACGAUUGUGGAUGUGAAUCUGUGAUAAACUGACGUGAAAUCAUAAA